CCUGCUCCAUCUCCACCAAUCCACACCUCUUCUCCUGCUCCAUCUCCACCAAUCCACACCUCUUCUCCUGCUCCAUCUCCACCAAUCCACACCUCUUCUCCUGCUCCAUCUCCACCAAUCCACACCUCUUCUCCUGCUCCAUCUCCACCAAUCCACACCUCUUCUCCUGCUCCAUCUCCACCAAUCCACACCUCUUCACCUGCUCCAUCUCCAGCUCACAAUCAUUUCUAUAUAUCCUCCGCACCAUCGAGCCCAUACCAGGAGGGAACUGAAGAGUAAGUACACAUUUUCUGAAGAUACUGUAACACCCUUAUAGUGCAAGUUGAAGGUGUGACAAAAACCUGGAGAACCACUGGUUUAAAUGAUUGUAAUUUCAGCAUUUUUUCUCUAUCAAUACAGAGCUUUUGACAUCGCUGUGGCACUUCGAUCCCUACAAUCAAGGGUUCACCAUCUGGCUCCCACAGCCAAUCAGAUAAAUGUUCUUCGCAAUGAAGAAUUUGAAUGUGCCGAGAGAGCCUUCCGGCGACCAGCCUUCAAUCCACAGUCCAAGCUGGACAUCGUUUUCAUAGAUGAGGAUGGUCAAGGAGAAGGUGCCAUCGACGAUGGUGGGCCAACAAGGGAAUUUUGUAGGUUGCUAAUGCAACAACUCCAGGAGCAUCAAAUAUUUGAAGGGCCUCUUGAAGCCCGUACCCUGGCCCUUGACAGUGUUGGUAUGUUUUUUUGUUUGUUUUUUUUCUUUCCAACAAUGUCAGGAAACAUACUCAUUUAAUGUAUGUCCACACUCCACAGCUUUAUUUAACAUUACUUUGAUCAAUUUUAAUUGUCUUUCUUUUAUAGCUCUUCACAACAACACUUAUAGACUUGUGGGCCAAAUGUUGGCAGUUUGUCUCAUCCAUGGAGGGGUGUCGCCACACUUUUUUUCCAAGAGGCUUUUUAAUCAAGUCUGUGGUCUUCCACCUAGUCCAGCAACCAUUGAAGAGGUGGUAGACCACAGCCUUAGGGCAAAACUGGAGAAGGCAAGUUUGGAAGUCAUUACACACUUUACACACCUGUCUCUGGCCAAUAAAUGUUCAAGUAUUUGGUAGUGGCUACUCUCUAUUUCUUUUUAUAAUUUCAGAUAAGCAGUGCAGUAGCGCUACAGGAUGCAAGGCAGGCUGUCAAUGAAGCGGCCGAAGAGUUGGCAAUGAUGGGAGCCCUACGGCACCUCCGCUCGUUGGACCACAGGGGGGAAUUGAUGGAAGCUGUCCUCCAGUUCCACUGUGAAGGCCGAAUCUAUGCAGCCCUCCAACAGUAAGUUGUAUAUUACAAACAGAAAAUGUUAAUUGACAUCAACUGCAGCAAAGCAACUUUACUAGAACCUUGGUGUUCAAAUUACAGUAGUGGGAUUUCUCCUUGAGUUGCUAUUGACACGUGAAGUCAAGUUAUUUUAAAUUAACUAAUCACAAUAUUAAGUACACCAUUUAAAGUAAAUGGUUUCAGGGGAGGCUCGGUGACUGGAACUGAAACCACCAUAUCACCAAGUGAACAUAGAAUAGCCUACAUGUGUGAGUUUGGAGAUACAGUAGUUUUUGGUUCCCCCAUCAGAGUCAGAAACUAAGUCACUGUAGUCAGAAGUCAUGCUAUUUUGGCUCAAAUAUUAAGUGUCUAUGGGAUCAAUUAAUUUAAUCAAGAUCCGAUAGGCAUCCAGGAAUUAAGCAAAGCUUACAAAGUAAACUAAACUAAAGACUUGGUGGGGGGAGCGCUGUUUCCGAAACUUUGUCUGAGGGGAAGCCCGCAGUCUAAGACUUUGAAAACCCCUUGCCCUAGGUGCAUGGUGAGGGAGUAUUGGAGAAUCUUUAAAGGUGUGAAGAGGCAGGGCAGAGGCAAAAAAAUUAAUACCACAAAUCUGAUGACAGCAGGAAAUGGUAGUUGGGGUCUGCUAAUGUAUGAAAGGGCAUUGCUAUUGUGUGUCACCCUGAUGGUGUCUCUCCAGAGGUUGGUCAAGACAAUUUUUUUAUUGAUUUUUGUUUUUUACGCACACACGUGUACAGACUUGCAGGCAGAAAACGAUACAAUUAAAUUUUUAUAUACACACACAGUAGUGCCAAUUCAUAAGUUUAUCUCAUUGCAGUUUUCAUAUAGACAAGGUCUAGACCAUACUCUUAGUAAUAUUUACAGAGACCCAGCAAUAAUAGAACAUGAGGUAAUGGUGUUUUACAAUUUCUACAAUCUUGGGUAACAUUGUAAAAGAACAGAAUUAAAUUAUUAUUUUUUUGCAUCAGAUUCAAAGAAGGACUAACUUCACUUGGUGUCCUGGAUGAAGUCACCUCACAUCCACAAGACUUUGAAAAAGUCUUCCUCCAGGACACAACAACCCUAAAGGCCAGCGACAUUGUGGGGGUGUUCCAGGCCAGAUGCCGAUCCCUCCCAUCAUCAAAUAGGAGGCGGUUGGAAGCCAGGACCAUUGUAUUCUGGAAAGACUGGCUCCUGGAGGUGGAAGGUGGACUUGCUGGACCAAUCACACUGGAGCAGGUCCUAAUUUUUGGAACAGGUCUCCGCAGAAUCCCAGCAAUGGGCUUUUCAGUGCAGCCUGAGCUGGCAUUUUUACACCCUGAAGAUGGACAUGCCAAGUUUCCCCAGGCCAACACCUGCGCGUUGGUGCUACAUCUACCCGUGGGUCAAACCUACAGUAUAUUCAAAACUAACAUGGAGCUUGGGAUAGGCUCUGCACAGCAGUUUGGGUUGGCCUAAAUGGUGUCUAUUUGUCUUUUCACUUUUGGAGUGAAGUUCUCAGGAUUUGUUCAUUUGUUCAUAGUUGUUUUGUUUUUUUCUGUUCAUAUUUUCUGUUCACAAACCUCACAUUAGUUUAGUUUUAAAAAAAGAAGUAAAUUGUAAUUGUCAUGUAUUGGUACAAAAUUUGUAUGAAAAUGCUAACUUAAUAUAAAUACAAUAUUAUGUAAAAUUAUAUCACACAAAGUGUAACCUAUUUAUUGUAGUUGAGUAAAAGUGUGGAUAACUACAUAUAUAUAUAUAUAUAUAUAUACAUACACACACACACACACACUAGUAUUAUAGUGCUUUAUUUCUUUUAAGAAGCAAUUCAAUUGUUUGUUUCAAAUUAAACUGAACCAAUGCUUUAAUGGCCUGUUCCCAUAUACUCCCUCGUUCUGUCCUCAUUAACCGACAGGUUUUGCACUUAUCAAGUUACUUUUAGUGGCUACCAGUGUAACAUUAUUACCAUGACCAGUUAUGAAGUGCCCUAGGUUGUAAUUGACAAAUUGGGCAACUUUAAUCCAGAUCCAACUGUUUGUGGGUUUUGUUGUGCCUUUUCAUGAAAUUAAUUAUAAUAUAAAUUUUAAAUUAUGCUAUAGAGUUUUCGUUUUUAUUAAUCGAGUUUCAACAACUGCCUCUGAUUGGUUAUUCCUUGCCUAAAGUUGGGGUUAGAGUUAGCCAAUCAGGCAGAUUCGGAGGCAGGCCUCGACAGAAAGCCGGUCAAAGCAAGAAGUGUUUUCAGAACUACUAGCAAAAAGUUACUUGUAUACGAAAACUCAUCUGUCUAAAGUGAAUUUGCAUUUCCCAGACAGACAUCUGAAAGAAGUUAUGGCUCGGAGGACCUUCAUCUUGCGGUGCAGGCACAUUCUUCAAGACUGUACACGGCGUCUGUUGAUGGACGAUGUUGGAUCUGGUGUGCAACUCUUAACAUUGACGAGGCUAGAGACAAUGCACAGAAGCCUCCAGUGGGCAAGGGGAAGACUGAUCAAUGUCACAGCUGCAGACCAACUUCUCAGCGACUUGGCUGAAUUAAUUCAGGAGGUCAGAAUGUCUUCUCAGCCCGGGCAACAGGGUAGUUUUGGCUACCAGGCACCGCUGGUUUUGAGUGGAGGUAGAGGUCGACCACAUUACUGUGUCACUCGGGAACAGCUGUCAUUCUUAAGGUCAUGUGGCUUCACUGCACCCCAGAUGGCAGAUAUUCUGCAUGUGUCUGUGCGUACAGUUAGACGACGUUUGAGACAGUUACACUGCACUCGCGCUUCAUUGUAUGCAGACUUGACCGAUUCUGCCCUAGAUGAACAUGUGCAAGACAUUGUGGCUGGCAAUGACCUAGUUGGUCCUGAGGCUGUGAGGGCAUCGCUGCAUGCAAGUGGACUCCGUGUGCAGAGAAGGAGAGUGCGAGCAAGCAUGAUUCGAUUAAAUCCUGGAGCUGCUGCGCUUCGAGCAGUUCUGCAGAGACCAGAGCGACGGUCUUAUCAGGUGGCAGGUCCAAACUCAUUGUGGCACAUUGAUGGAAACCACAAGCUGAUAAGGUGGCGGAUAGUUAUUCAUGGGGCUAUAGAUGGGUUUAGUCGCCUUGUGGUCUUCCUGCGUGCCUCCAACAACAACCGCAGCAGCACUGUGUUGGACAGCUUCAUCAGUGCUGUGAUCCACUAUGGCAUACCCUCCAGGGUCAGGACGGACAGAGGAGGUGAGAACAGCGCAGUCUGGCUGAUGAUGAACAUCUACAGAGGCUUUGACCGUGGCAGUGCUCUCCGAGGCCGGAGUACCCACAAUCAGAGAAUUGAGAGGCUCUGGGGUGAUCUCUGGCGUGGACUGACGAAUGUCUAUUAUGACUUAUUCCACCAUCUGGAGAGCGAGGGCAUCAUUAAUGUUGACAGUGAGAGGGACCUCUGGGCUCUCCAUUAUGUCUAUCUGCCAAGGAUCAACCGGGACUUAAACGACUUUACAAAUCAAUGGAAUAACCAUGGUUUGAGAACAGAGAGACACAUGAGCCCACUACAGAUUUUUGUUAGAGGCUGCCUUGAGCAACAGGGCCGACCAUCAACUGCCAUGCAGGACAUCUUUGUGGCCAGUGCUGCUGGUGGUGGUGGUCAAGAAGCUGCUGCUGGUGGUGGUGGUCAAGAAGCUGCUGCUGCUGCAGCUGGUGGUGGUCAAGAAGCUGCUGCUGCUGCAGCUGGUGGUGGUCAAGAAGCUGCUGCUGGAAUUCCUAGGACAGAAGAGCUGGAGUUGCUGCUAGACUGGCCAGAAAGACGGAUUACUGUGCCUGACAUCCAGUACAUGUUGGAAGGUCCUGUAAUGGAGGAAGUGCAAGCACGGUUCGACCCACUCAGUGGCCCCAGAGGAAAUCAUGGCAUACAGAUUAUCCGUGAUCUUGUAUCCUUUUUGGAUUCAGCGUUGGGAUCACAGGGACUUCACAGAUGAAGGUGUUCAUAUUUGAUCUUAACUGAACUUUCUUUCAUGUGAGUCAUUGAACUUGCUCAGGAAUCCCCAAAAAGGCAGUAGUGAAAAAGAAAUGUAUUGGGUUGGAGGCAGGGAUGCCCAUGUAGGGCUUUUGUACUUUUGACAACUUUUUCCACCACUGUGAAAGACGUACUUUGUAAUCUAUUAAAAUUCUGUCCCUAUUUUCCCUUUUAAAUUCUUCCAUCCACUAGAUACAACGUGGAUGGCACCACUCAGAUGACUGGGAAGCCUAUCUGUCCCCAUCUCUUAAAAGAAGAGUAUCACCACAGCAGCCCCACUGUGCGCAUCCAGCCAGCCAGUUAAAGAGCUGAAGUUCAAACAGCCCCAAGAACUGAAGGUUUUGCCCAAGAACUUCCACUCACCCUACGAUGGACUGGACCACGAGUGAUGCCCGUCACCAGCUGGAGCCUCA